AUGUUUGUCGCUGUGCAUUUGAUCAAAGCCGCUGAAGGGGCUGAGUCUGCGUCCGCGAGCUCCGGCGAUAAGUACGGUUGGUCUUCGCAUACUUGGAAAUGGCGCGGACACACGAUCCAUUACAAGACAGCUGGGUGUGGCGAACCCAUCGUCCUCGUGCAUGGCUUCGGCCUCUCGUCCUUCCACUAUCGCCGCAACAUUCCGGUCCUGGCGGAGAAGUACAAGGUGUAUGCUAUCGACCUGCUUGGAUUUGGAAAGUCCUCUAAGCCCAUCCUGCAGUACAGUAUGGAGUUAUGGAGGGACCUGCUGCUGGACUUCAACUCCGAGUUCCUAGGCGGCAAGCCGGCGGUGCUGAUGGGUAACUCCAUCGGAGCGCUGGCGUGUCUCAUGGUGAACGCCGCCUCGCAGCCCAGCUCCGUCCGCGGCACCGUAUUGCUCAAUUCCGCCGGCGCCAUGAACAACAAGGGUGUGCUGGGCGACUGGCGCAUCCUGGCGCUGUACCCGCUGCUGCUGUUCAUUGACUUCCUGCUAUCCAUUCCCGCGGUCAGUGCGGCGCUCUUCAACAACGUCAGGAGCCGGGACAACAUCCGCCAGGUCCUCCGGGAGGGGGUGUACCGCAACCCCGCCCACGUGGAUGAAGAGCUGGUGGAGGAGGUGUUCGCACCGAGCUGUGACCCGGGGGCGAGGGAGGUGUUCGUGAGCGUCAUCACCGGGCCCCCGGGACCUAAGCCCUGGAACCUGAUGCCGGAUGUGAAGGGGCCGCUGCUGGUGCUGUGGGGGGACAAGGACACCAUCACGCCGGUAGACGGACCCCUGGGCCGCUUCCUGCAGGCGCUGCCCGGCUGCCGCCCCGAAACCACCUUCAAGAUGCUGGAGGAUGUGGGCCACUGCCUCCACGAUGACAAGCCCGACCUGGUUCACGGGGAGCUGCUGCCCUGGCUCGAUAAGGUCAUGGCCGGACAGCCCACGUGUGGUGGUGGCGACGUGGCCGCCGGCACUGCGGCGGCGCCGGGGGUCCAGGAACCGGUGGGGAUGAUGGCGGCGGCGACGACUGCGGCCGCAGCUGCUGCUGCUGAGGCAGUGGCAGUGGCGCAGCUGCCAGAUACUGCUGCGGCGGCGAUUAAAGAGGACGGUGGCGCGGGGACAGAUGUUGUGGUGGCGGCAGCGGAGUAG